AUGUUAUAUGGGUAUAUUCGCACAUACUCCCUGCCACUUCCACCUCCUCUUCAGACUCAGACUAAAAACCCGAUCUUUACGCCGAGCAACUUCCGCUAUUCUCUCUCCAUCCUUCAACUCAGAGGCAUCCAAAUCGUAGUGUCGUUGGCAAUGGAGAACCCGGCGGCCGGCGAUCAGGCGGCGGGGUGGUACUCUGUGUGGGCGCUUCCGCCGGAGGACGUGGCGGCGAGGCUGAAGCACCUCAUGGCGGAUCUCCGAUCGGAGUUUGGCGGCCCCGAGUUCGAGCCCCACAUCACCGUCGUCGGCGCCAUCCGCCUUCGCCCGGACGACGCCGUCCGUCGUCUCCGCUCCGCCUGCGCCGCCCUCUCCCCUUACCCCGCCCGCGUCGCCUCCGCCGCCCGCGGCACCUUUUUCUACCAGUGCGUCUACCUCCUCAUCGACCCCUCCCCCGAGGUAAUGCAAACGAGUGCACAUUGUUGCGAGCACUUCGCUUACAAGAACUCGGCCGCUUACAUGCCGCAUCUGAGCCUCUUGUAUGGGGAUUUGACGGACGAGCAGAAGGAGAAGGCUCGGCAGAGGGUAGAGGAGUUGGAUAAGGAGAUACGCGGGCUUAGCUUCCAGAUCUCGUCCCUGGCUCUCUACAAGACGGACACGGAGGACAACACCUUGAAAUCAUGGGAGAAGGUGGAGGUCUGCUACCUUGGGAGUGACAACUAGAUGACCUAUUUUCUCUAUAAAGUUCCAAUCUUUGUUAGUUUGCACCUGCUCUUCAGAUUAUAUUGAGGUUUCUGCUUUGUUCUUCUUCUUUGUAGUGUUUGAGAAGAGCAUAAAUAUUAGAAGAUGAGGUCUUGUGAUAUGAGUUUGAAACUACUAUUUAUAGCUAAAGAAUUAAGGAUAUUUGAAAGAA